GUUCCAUUCUUUGUUCCACUUCCGAGUCUACCGCUUUGUUCACAGCUACUUUACAAUGUUCUAUGUGAUCGGGCUUGGUCUCUGCGAUGAAAAAGACAUAACUGUCCGUGGCCUGGAAGCCAUCAAGUCCUCCUCUCGUGUCUAUCUUGAGGCUUACACUAGUAUUCUGAUGGUCGACAAAUCUCGUCUUGAGGCAUUUUAUGGAAAACCAGUCAUUCUCGCGGAUCGUGAUAUGGUAGAAACGCAGAGUGAUGAGAUCCUGACCGAUGCUGAUAAAGAAGAUGUAUCUUUCCUCGUCGUUGGCGAUCCAUUCGGAGCAACCACCCAUACCGAUCUUCUUCUCCGUGCCCGCUCCCUUUCUAUUCCUACCCGUGUUAUUCAUAAUGCAUCAAUACUGAAUGCCGUUGGGGCAACUGGUCUCGCUCUCUACAGUUUUGGACAAGCUGUCUCUCUCGUGUUCUUUACAGAAACCUGGAAGCCAGACUCGUUCUACGAUCGAAUCAAGGAGAAUGUGCGGAUGGGCUUGCACACACUGGUUCUACUUGAUAUCAAAGUCAAAGAGCAGAGUGAGGAGAAUCUCGCAAGGGGGAGGAAGAUUUUUGAACCUCCACGGUAUAUGUCUGUCCCUCAAGCAAUAUCCCAGCUCCUAGAAAUUGAAGAGACUAGGAAAGAAAACGUACUCAAUCCAGAUUCAACGCUUGUCAUUUCUCUUUCCCGCGUUGGCGGAUUUCCUGAGGCCUCUUCUCCAUCUGACACAAACCAAAAUUCAGGGGAACAGCGCAUACAUGCGGGGACACUUUCAUCACUCUCCUCGCUUCCUCCAUCUUCCUUUGGGGACCCUCUACACAGUCUUGUCAUCGUUGGUCGAAGAUUGCAUACAAUGGAGGUGGAGUAUGCAUCUGCGUUUGCAGCCGAUCCUGCUAAGUGGAAAGAAGUUGCGAUACAAGCUUAUGGAGUUAGUGGACUGGAUUGAGCUGGCAGAUUGGGAGGGGGUCAUGCGAGAUGGUCUGGCCUAAUCGGGAUACAAAAUCGACUUUGUCGAAUCAGAGAAAAGGUAGCAUGAUAUCGUUUUCCCCUGUAUUUCAAAGGAAAUAUAUUAAUACGUGA